CUUAUUCAAUGUCUUUGAAAAUCACCUUUAUAAAGCACAUAAAAAAUGUAUGAGUUUCAUAGACAGAUAUUUAGUGAAAUUGGCAAUUGAGGAACUGCAUUUUAUUCAAAUAAAUCAUCAAAAUACGAUACAUGCAAAGAAAAUCUGCAUUAUUUAAAUCAGAUUAGUUGGACAGAAUAGCAAUAUAAUAAGAUUAAAGUUAAAAUAAUUAUAACACGGAAUCUAUAUCCAGAGGCCAGUGUAUAACUGUUGUUGAACGUAUUGGCAAAAAUGUAAUUAAAAAAGAUAACAAUGUUUAUGAUACUUUUCAAACAAUUGCAAUCAGCAUAUGAACUUCUUGAAAGACCGGUCAUUAUAAAAAUAUUUAUGAGUGUAUUUUAUAGUAAAGUCGUUGAUAGUUAUCACGAAAAUGGACAUUGUGUAUUUUCAGACUCGCAAGAAGAAUAAACCCAAAACUAAAAGUGCGAGAAUACUGACGAUCGAAGAGGAAGACGAAGUAAUUGAGUGGUUAAAGUCAAAUCGUUUUCUAUACGACAAGACAAGUAUUGAUUUCAAAAAUCGCGAUAAAAAAGAGCGAACAUGGCAUGAAAUGGAACAGAGGAUGAAGUUGAAUCCCGGUGAUCUUCAAAGAUGGUAUACGUCCUUAAGAACCACGUAUGUGAAAGAAGUAAAGAAAAGAGAAAACACCACACGAUCCGGAGCCGGUGUCGGAGAUGGUUUGCUAACAUCUAGAACUAGCUGGUUGUUGGAGAAAUUCGAGUUUGUAAAACCCUUUGUCUGUCAGGCAAGAGGAACCAAGGGGUCACAGAUCAAGAAACCUGACCGGUACUCAGACUGCAGUGAGUCAUCAGUUCCAUCAAUAACGACCAUGGAAAGUACACCACAGUCAGUGACAACAUCGUCAACUACAACAAAGAUAUCUGACUGCCUAGAAAAAGUUUCUCAGCAGUUAGCAGUCCCAAAGAGUGACAUAGAGAAGACCUGCGAUUUCCUUAGUACGCUAAUGGCAAAGAUGACCCUUUCCUGUCUGGAGGAUUUUACGAAUGAAACUAUCUUCAAGGCAAUGGAGUAUGUUAAACAGUCUAAACAGGAACAGCGUCAAACACAACAACCGCCAAGGGAUGAUUUUAUACAGCCAUCCCAGCUUUCAUCUACAUUCACAGACCCUUCCCAGCAAGUAAAUCGCCAAACAUUACCUCAAUUUACCCAAUUACAACCUCAACAGCAAACUGCAGUAGGAAAUAACAGGCCUUCAAUUAGACCGACAACAUCAUCCAUGUCGUUCAGGCAUCGUCAGCCGCAACAAAUGUCUACUGAUCGCGACUAUAUCAUUGCACGCAACUUAGCAGCUUCGAAUCCGCCAGCUGACGUCCUUCAACAAUAUGGUCGAUACCAAUGGGCAGAACUGCAACCGACUAACUUGCAACCUAUCUUAAUGGGUCAACAGCAACAGACAGUAUACUCAACUCACACUACAAGUCAGACACCAAGUGCUAUUGAAUCAACUGCGACAGAUACAACAUCAGUACUGACGGAUGCUUAUGAGACAAUAAACCCAGAAACACCUUUCAUAUAGAUCUUCGACGUGAAUGACUGUUUAUUUUCAUUUAGAAAAGAUUUAGGAAAAUCUUGAAUAGAGAACCUUUAAAUGUAUAACUAUUUGUAGAUUGUAGAAAAUUUGUAGCUUUUUUUGAGAAUGAAAAGAAAUAGGUUAAUCCA